AUUCUGACGGAUAUGAUGGUCGUUUCAAUGGAGGAUUAAUACGCAAAGUUUCGUCCAAAAAUAUAAAAUCAAUAUUUAGGAAAAAACAUCAGUAGCACGUUAUCACCAUGUUGUAUUUUUCCACGUUAUAUUUCAUUAAGUGUAAAACUUGGUUUUAUUUACUGGAUGGCCUGGUGUAAAACCUGAUUCUAUUAAAUAUGACAAGGGUAAAACUUGGUUCUAUUAACAGGACUGAUGUAAAAUAAGGUCCUAUUUACAGAACUGGUGUAAAAUAAGGUUCUAUUUACUGUAUGGCCUGGUGUAAAAUAAGGUUCUAAUAACAGGACUUGUAAAAAAAGGGUUGUGUUUUCAGGCGGAAAACGGGAAAGGAGGUUCGGUGUUGAUGAUAGAAGAGGAACAGGUCAAACGGAUCUAUUUUUGUGAAGUUGUGAUUCUCCAAUACCGAUCAACAUGGGGAUAGAAACAGCCAUGCUAGCUUUAUCUAAGCUAAAUCUACGCAACAAAAUACGUGAUGACGAUUUCAUUAACGUCAUGAACCACGUGAUCACACCUGGGCUUCUUCUGUUGGCUGCAACUGGAACGUAUCUCACCCAAUGGCUAGGUGAACCCAUUCACUGCUGGACGCCUGCUGAAUACAAAGAAGAAAAGAAUUUUCAGAAAUAUGUGGACAGUUUUUGUUGGAUAACGGAACUGUAUAACGUUCCCAUGGAUACGGAACUACCGAAGCUAGAAGAAGACAGAAGAGAGAAUCUGGUUGGUUUUUACAGAUGGGUGUCAGUUUUACUUCUGCUUCAGGCGCUGAUGUUUAAACUACCCAAUGUCUUGUGGAUGUCGUGGAAGGGAAUGUCAGGAAUGGAUCCAGACAGAAUUAUUAAAAUGGCGGAAGAAGGGGAUAUGGAGGAACAGGAACAGAGUGAUUACGAAAACGAUGAUAAAACCGUGGAAAAUACAACCAAGAUGGAGACCAUGCAGAAUGGGACCACACACGAUUCUGUUAAAAAGGAAGACGAAAAGAAGAAAACAGAUCAGAAAAAGAAGGAUAGUAAAAUAGAAUCGUUGGCAGGUUUUAUAGACCGAAGGUUAAAACUAACAUCUAAAAGACGAAAACACAAACCUUGUAGCAGGUUUAAUAAAUCCUCAGGUAGUUUUCUCACCGAUUUUUACCUGUGUGUAAAACUACUUUAUCCCAUCAUCAUCAUUCUUCAGUUCGUUAUGCUCUCCGAGUUCUUAAACAUCAAUUUCUUUAACUAUGGCAUCGAUAUUGCGGCUAAACAAACCGACUGGUCCUUCUGGGAAGACGAUGAGGUCUUUCCUCGGAUCGCCAUGUGCGACUUCAACAUCCGUCAGUUACAGAAUGUCCAAACGUUCACCGUUCAAUGCGUGCUAGCCAUGAAUAUGUUUAUAGAGAAGAUAUACGUUCUUCAGUGGGUCUGGUUGUACUUUCUACUGGUUAUAUCCAUCAUCGGGACCAUCCAGUCUUUUCUUGACCAGCUCAUGUUUUCCAUGCAUCAUGAAUUCAUAAAUAAAUUCCUCACGAUUGGACAGAAAAUCGAUUACUUCUGGCCGCCACGAAAACCUAAGAAUCAACCAAAGAGCGAUAAAAACUCCAAACGACCCAAAGAAAUCUUCCAAUAUUUGUCUUCUAAGGAAAAGGAGAGAAUUGCUGCAUUAAUUCAGCAGGAUUCAUUUCAGCGCAUGUUUAUUACCGAUUAUCUUCAAGCUGACGGCAUCUUUAUACUGAAGUGUAUCCAUAGAAACACAAGCAACAUGGCCGUCAUCGAUAUCAUCUUCCGGUUGUUGGAGCAUUUUAUGGUGGAGAAGCGAUUGGUACAUGUUGAUGACGACGACGAUGAGUAUUACGCGAAGUAACAAUUCAUCACGAUUUACGCUGCUGCUACUUAUAUAUAUAUAUAUACGCUUCCUAAUUCCAUUUAUCAAUAUAUAACAAAAUUAGUAAACUGGAUUUGAGUUGGUUUUACGAACGAUGUAAAUCAAAGGCCUAUCCACCGAGUCUAUCACCCGUCGGUGCAGAAAAAUAAGACGUUAAACCGCAUUUCUUUUAUAAUGUUUUAAAAUAUAUAAUUGCCUGUCUGAGCCAAUUUGAGUCCAUGACCAAUUCGUGAUUACCCCCCUUUAAUAUAAUAUUUAAUUUUACCACCUAGUGCUCUCUUGUUAAUGAUCAAUACUUAAACUUAUCACAUGUCUGUAUAAUAAGAAUUAUGUCCCCAUAAAAAAGAUGUUUUAUAUAAGAUUUAGAUAAGAACUGUCCGGUCUUGCUAAAAUAGUUUAAAACAGAUAAUGAUAUUGACCAAUCUGAUUAUAAUACAGAUCUAUAUAUUUCGUUUCAUGUUUUUAUACUUUCGAUGGCCUACACUACAUGAAGAUCUGACCGGUUGUUGCGAUAGGUCACGUCACAGGUCAUACGAGCGGCAAGUGAGCCUAUGACGUCAGACAUUUGAUUAACCAAUCAGCAUUAGUGUUACGUUACUAGUGGAUUACCCACAGUUCCGUGCAAAACGCGCCUAAAGCUCGCCGUAACAGACCGUUUCAUUGGCUAAUACCUCCUCACACUAUUCAGAACACGUCAAUGAUAACAACUCUUCCAGAUCCUAGUGUAGUACAGACAAGUAAAACGAAAUUUUGAACUAUAAAAAAGAAACGAAAUAGGAUCUGUAUUUAAAUCAGAUUGGAUAUUGAAUAUAUUGAAAAUUACUUUAUUCCAGGCGAAGUUAUGAGGGUUUGAAGUUUUAUCAAAAAGUAGCAUAGAUUGUUUAUUAUGUUAACAACAAUAUUUGACAAUCAGGACUAAGUCUCGAUUAUCUAUUUUAUCGUUAAACUCUCAAAUAGUCGAGGGGUUCUAAUCGACUUAAAAUUGGAGCCAUCCGAAGUGAAAUGAAACGAAAUGGGGUUUAACCUCCUACUGUUCUGCUCCUAUGCUGGGCUAAUGAAGACGGGCAUACGCCAUACAGUGUGCUAUGAGGGAAAUAUUGCCCGGGCAGCGGCACUAUCGCCUACUCUUAUAUCGAAUUCCAAUUGCCAAGGGAUCUUUUACGUGCUUUCCAAUGUAUACACGGGACCUCGGUUUUUCGUCUCAUCCGAAGGACUAGACAGCUGUCAUUGUCAGACCCUCCGUCCUGCGGAGCCAUCCGAUGUCCUAGAAAGUUGAUUGUGGGCCAUUAUAGUCAGAUUAAGCUUUUACAUAAUGUAUCUUUUAUCGAUUUUUAAUUGUUUUACCAGGUUUAGCUGUAAUCAGACUAUAUUGGUUCUUAUACGCCCACAUUUUCAUGUGGACGUAUACAGUAUUGUCGUCGCCCCUGUUCGUCCGUCCACAAUUUGUUUGUGGACACUCUACAGGUCACAAUUCUUAUGCGAUUUUGAUGAAACUUGAAAUAUAGGUUUAUCUCCAAAAGAUCUCGGCUGCUUUCGAUAUUGGCAUGUAUCGGAUCGAAACUUCAUGGAUUAUGGCCCUUGUUUGUACGAAAAAUCACGUUUUUAGCCUGUGGACCCUAUAGAGGUCACAAUUUUUAUCCGAUUUUGAAACCUGAACAGUAAGUUUAUAACCCAAAGAUCUCGGUUCCUUUCGAUAUUCGCGCAUAUCGGACCGUAACUUCCUGAAUUAUGGCCCCUGAUUGUACGAAAAAUCGCGUUUUUAGCUUGUUCUCUAUCCAUCUCUCGAAAAUGUGGGCGUAUCCUGCCUGGCAGCCGCUGGUUAAUGUAUCUUUAAUCGAUUUUUAAUUGUUUUACAUGAUUUAUAUUUGUUGAUAUUUUUAAUUGUUUCACAUGAUUUAUAUUUGUUGAUAUUUUUUAUAUUCCUGCAUUUAAUGGUGGCAUUUGUUUGAGACACCCUCCCGUCUUGGAGGAUCGGGAAGAGCCCCACAAGAUAAAAAGCAUUAGGCCCGUAUUCAUCAUCUACAUCCGGUACUAUAUAUCUACAUCCGAUACUAUAUAUCGACCGCUCAUUAUGUGAUAUGUUACCUAAAUGGUGUAUGUUUGAUUGAUUUAAAUGAGACGGUAUAUUUGAUUGAAUUAAAUAAAACAGUGUAUUUGAUUGAUUUUAUUAAAACAGUAUAUUUGAUUGA